AUGGACGGUGGAAAUGGUUGGCCCGCCGCUAGAUACGCCGGUGGACCGCAGGAUACGACGAUAAAGAACCGGAUAAUGCUAAGAUUCCGACCGAUCGCACCUAAACCGGUCGCCGGGGGUUCAUCUCCUGGUUCAACACCGGAAGGAAACAAGAUAGAACUUGUUACCAAACGAAGAGUCAAAAGAAAGUACGUUAGAGUUAAGAAAAAUAGCAAGUUCAAAAGUAACAAAGAAGAAGAAGGAGAAAAGGACGGAUCCUUACAGUUUACUGAUAGUCAAACUGUUUUAACCCUUCAGUUGAUGCCUGAAAGCAGUAGCAGCGUUAAGAACUCUUUAGAAAAUAUCGGAUCUAGACCUUUUUGGAUGAAUUUUCAGAAACCGGAGAAUAACGAUGUUUUAACAGAAGGAUCAGUGGAUCGGAUAGAUCGGACGGUGGAGAUACAGAAGAAAAGGGUUAUAGAGUCAUGGGUGAUGGUGGAUAAAAUGACAAACACGUUGGUAGAUGGAGAAGCGUUAGGGAGUACGGACAUGGAUAAGAUGAAGAAUCUGGAAGCUGACACGUGUCCAGGGCUCAUAUCGGACGGCUUAGAUAGGGUUCAGUGGGUGAAUCUGACGUAUAGGAGAUUGGUUGAUCCUCUAGAAGGGUCUGGAACGCCGCCGGAGCUGGUGACGUGGCUGGUAGUGAAGGAGAAAAUAAAUUUGCCUUCUUCUUUGCCAGCUUUUGCAUGCACUGUAAGGAUACUGUAUAUGAAGCACUCACAGACAAUGCCGUGUGAUGUGUGGAAGAUGGAUUUUGGAGGAUUAUUUGCAUGGAGAUUUGAUGCUAAAGCUGCACUUAGUUUGGGUCGUUGA